AUGUAUCAAAGGGGUGAGUCUUUUUGCCCAUUAACUAGAAGUAUAGAAUACAACAAGGGUCACAAAUGUGAUGUAUGCUUCUUAUCAACGUUAGGAGUAGAUAUAGGAGAGUGGGAAUUCAUAUCAAACUUAAUGGCACAAAAGGCAAUUGGUGACUGUUGCCAAUCUGCAUGGAUAAAUCAGUCAAUUUUAAAUGGUUUGUUAAACUGCAACUUGAAUGAUGAACAGGUUGCUGGCACAAGUGGUCAAAUGUUGGUUGAAGAUUUAGUUGAGGGAAACAUGAAAAUGGCCAACAAUAUCACUCUCAAUUGUAUUGUUAUUCUUAAUAACCCAUGUAAUCAACUUUCAGCCAAUAAUGUUUCCCUCGUAAUUGUGAUUCCCAGAAAUGGAACAGUCAAUGAUCUCCAAACUGCAAUUCAGAAUCAGUUAGAAUCUAACAUUCCUCUUGAUAUUUGUCAAAUUUGUCAUCCUGGACCUGUAGACGAAAGAUGUAUGCAAUCACCAGCUCUAAUCUCUAGUUUUUUCAAUGGGGAUCCUCCUGAAAAUAAUAACAGACGAAAAACUCAAGGUAGAUUUACUACAAAUCCUACGCAAUAUUUACAAUUUCAAAACCAGGAUAAAUAUGAUCACAUAAUUCAUGAGGGCCAUAUAACUGUCAUAAAUAAGAAGAUACAAGAUAUGAAGGAGGUAUUUGAUUAUGGAGAG